UCAAAACCGUAAAUCAAACUUUAGAUUAUUAUGUAUUUAUCAGAAGACAAAUGAGUAUAUUUAAUAAACUCAUGGGUAGCGGGAAGAAGGAAGAAGUCCCAACGCCUCAAGAAGCGAUAACAAGGCUGCGAGAUGUUGAAGACAUGUUAAUAAAAAAAUCGGAUUAUCUUGAAAAUAAAAUACAACAAGAAAUUGGACUUGCACGAAAAAAUGCUUCUGUAAAUAAAAGAAUCGCUAUACAAGCUUUAAAACGUAAAAAACGAUAUGAAAAACAACUACAGCAGAUAGAUGGCACUUUAUCAACUAUUGAAUUUCAAAGAGAAUCUUUAGAAAAUGCAAACACAAAUACAGAAGUAUUGCGGAUCAUGGGUUAUGCAGCAAAAGCAUUAAAAAUUACUCAUAAAGACAUGGAUAUUGAUAAAGUUCAUGAUCUAAUGGAUGAUGUUGCUGAGCAGCAAGAUAUAGCUAAUGAAAUAUCAGAUGCAAUAUCAAAUCCUAUUGGUUUUGGUCAGGAUAUUGAUGAAGCUGAAUUAAAUGCAGAACUUGAACAAUUAGAGCAAGAAGAAUUAGAUAAACAAUUGCUUAAUGUUGCUGGUCCAUCUAUUAUUCCAUUACCCACUCCUCCAAUGGCUGAGCCAUCAAAAUCACCAUCUAAAUCCAAAAUCAAAGCCUCCUCAUCUCAUAAUCAGGAUGACGAAGAUUUGCGUUUGCUUGAAUCAUGGGCUCAUUAAAUUACUAACCUAACCUUUUUACUUGUAAUCAAAUAAUCAUACAAAAUAUUUUAUUACUAAAAAUUUUGACUAAUUUUUUCCUUAGUUAAAUUAUAGUUUAGUUUUGACAAUGAAUACAUUUCAGCACUAAUAUGCAAGUGUAGUUAUCAGGAAAAAUUUGAGGAUGGUGCUCAAAAGGAACUGAAAAAAAUAGUUUUUUAUUUUCCACUAAUUAAAUUUCUUGUGUUCAUUACAAAAUGCACUACACGUCAUUCAUAUAAACCUUAUUUAUUUUUUAUUUAGAUUAAUUACCCAUUAUUCCUAUUUAAUAUGUAUUUAUUUUUUAUGUUAUAUUAUUAAAAUUAUUAAUACUUUGUACAAAAUUUAUAUUAUACAUACACAUACAGUACAUCACAUACACAUGUCAUUUUCACUAAUACGCCAAAAAUAUAAAAUAAAAUAAAAUUAUUAGAUAAAAACGCAUAUCACCUGCUUAAUGUCAGACAGACCCCAUUAUAUUUUUUUGUAACUUUUCCCGUCUAAAUAUAGUUUGUCUCAAAAUUUAUUUUUACAAUUUUUAAAUAGUAUUAUUGGAUUAUAAGACUACGUGGACGCUAUCAUAUUUUAUAUAAUUAUAGCGCGUUUGCGCCAAAAAAAAUCCAAAUUUCAAUUAAAUUUUUAAUCAUAAAUUACAAAUUUAUAUAUCUUCAUUUCAAUAGUACUCAUAUUUUUACAAGUCAAAAUUUAAAAAAGUUAGAUACAAUCUUAUAUAUAUUUAUUCGAUGAUCUAUUUUACUUUUUUUUGGAAAUUAAUUUCGCGACUCCAGGCAAUUUAUGAUUGAAUUCGUUAACCAUUAAUUCGGUUUUGAAUAAAUUGAAUGAUAAAACCGAUUUUUUUCAAUUAUUUCAUUAAAAUGGGCUUUAUUAUAUUAAAUUUCUAAUUUAAUUCCAAUGAUGUUUAUAUACUUCUAGAUUUUUUUUCAUUAAUUAAAAGGUCUAUACAUGGGGAUCACUAUCGCGUCAUUUUUUCAUUUGCACUUCGACUAAUUGUCUUUAUUAUCAUUAUAUGAAUGCACAUUAAUGUUAUUUAAUAGGUACAAACCACAGAAUGACGCUACAGCUGACUCCUAUGUAUGGACAUUUUUGAGUACAUUUAAUAAAGGAAUCGCCAAUC